CACGUGACCCAACGGGUCACAUGGCUCGCGGGACAACAUGGCUGCGCCCGCACUAGGGCUGGUUUGUGGACGCUACCCUGAGUCGGGUCGCGUCCUCUUGCUGCUGCUGCUCUCGCUGCUGUGUGGAGCGGCAGGGAGCGAGGAGGCCGGGACCAGUGCGGUCGCGGGGUCCCUUGCGGGUUCUUGCGGCUGCGGCACGCCCCAGCGGCCUGGCGUCCAUGGCAGUUCGGGAGCCGCUCACCGAUACUCGCGGGAGGCUAACGCUCCGGGCUCCGUACCCGGAGAGCGGCCGCUCGCGCACUCAAAGAUGGUCCCCAUCCCUGCCGGAGUAUUUACAAUGGGCACAGAUGAUCCUCAGAUAAAGCAGGAUGGCGAAGCACCUGCGAGGAGAGUUACUAUUGAUGCCUUUUACAUGGAUGCCUAUGAAGUCAGUAAUGCUGAAUUUGAGAAGUUUGUGAACUCAACUGGCUAUUUGACAGAGGCUGAGAAGUUUGGCGACUCCUUUGUCUUUGAAGGCAUGUUGAGUGAGCAAGUGAAGACCAAUAUUCAACAGGCAUGUCCAGUGAUUUCAUUAGACUGUGUGUUGGUGUUGGACGUUGUUGGUCAGUAUUCUCAGGUUGCAGCUGCUCCCUGGUGGUUACCUGUGAAAGGCGCUAACUGGAGACACCCAGAAGGGCCUGACUCUACUGUUCGGCACAGGCCGGAUCAUCCAGUUCUCCAUGUCUCCUGGAAUGAUGCGGUUGCCUACUGCACGUGGGCAGGGAAGCGGCUGCCCACGGAAGCCGAGUGGGAAUACAGCUGUCGGGGAGGCCUGCACAAUAGACUUUUCCCCUGGGGCAACAAACUGCAGCCCAAAGGCCAGCAUUAUGCCAACAUUUGGCAGGGCGAGUUUCCGGUGACCAACACUGGUGAGGAUGGCUUCCAAGGAACUGCGCCCGUUGAUGCCUUCCCUCCCAAUGGUUAUGGCUUAUACAACAUAGUGGGGAACGCGUGGGAAUGGACUUCAGACUGGUGGACCGUUCAUCAUUCUGUUGAAGAAACGCUUAACCCGAAAGGUCCCCCUUCUGGGAAAGACCGGGUGAAGAAAGGUGGAUCCUACAUGUGCCAUAGGUCCUAUUGUUACAGGUAUCGCUGUGCUGCUCGUAGCCAGAACACACCUGAUAGCUCUGCUUCGAAUCUGGGAUUCCGCUGUGCGGCCAACCGCCUGCCCACCAUGGACUGACAACCGAGAAGAAUUUUCCCAAUCCAAGAAGGAGUCGUGUCUGACCUACAGAACUCUGAACGAUCUCAUGCAAAGAAUUCCCACCCUGAGGUGGGUUACAUACCUGCCCAACGGCCAAAGGAACCGCCUUGUGAGACCAAAUCGCUGACCUGGGUCAGUGCAUGUGCUUUAUUGUGUGGUGCAUCUUUGAAGAUCAUCGCCAUAUUUUACUUUUGAGAGUCUUUAAAGAAGAAGGGGAGUGGAGGGAACCCUGACCUAGGCUUCAGGAGGCCCGCAUCCUACACAGGCUCUGCCACAGGGGUUAGACCCCAGGUCUGACACUUGGCCUUCCUGGGCCUCAAGUUCCCUCCCCUAUCAAAUGAGGGGAUGGACAGCAUGACCUCUGGGUUUCUCUCCAACUCAUCAGUUCUAAAGAGGAUAUCAGAUUCUAUUGUGACUUCAUAGUGAGAAUUUAUGAUAGAUUAUUUUUUAGCUAUUUUUUCCAUGUGUGAACCUUGAGUGAUACUAAUCAUGUAAAGUAAGAAUUCUCUUAUGUAUUAUUUUCAGAAAAGGGAUGGUGGUGACUCCUUUAUAUUCAUACUGCACUUUGUUUUUCCAAGGAAAUCAGUGUCUUUUACAUCGUUAUGAUGAAUCCCACAUAGGCCAGUGAUGGUAUGCUGAAGUUCAGCCAUUGAACACACAGGAAUGUCUGUGGGGUGACUCUACUGUGCUUUAUCUUUUAACAUUAAGUGCCUUUGGUUCAGAGGGGCAGUCAUAAGCUCUGUUUGCCCCUCUCCCCAAAGCCUUCAGUGAAUGUGAAAUGUGUGCUAAAUGGGGAAACCUGUUUAAUUCUAGGUAUAGGGUAAAAGGAAUGAGGACCUUGAAUUAGCUAUAUUCAGGGUAUCCGGUAUUUUGUAAUAGGGAAUAGGAAACCUUGUUGGCUAUGGAAUAUCAGAUGCUUUGAAUCAUGCACUAUGUUGAAUAAACUUAUCUGCUAAAUCAGG